AUCUACAAGUGUGAGGAUGGGUGUAACCAGCGCGUGACUGCGUGAGCUGAAAGGUUCCAUUCAAACGCAGAUCUGCGGCUAAACAGAAACCAGAGGAGGAGGGUUUGGUUUGAAUCGGAGCGCACACACGUGUUUCUGUCCACACUUACGGGGAGAAAUGGCAGAGAAAGGCGUCCUUCUGGAUAAAAAGACCUGUUGUUUGAUCUGUUUGGAUUUGUUAAAGGAUCCGGUGACUGUUUCCUGUGGUCACAGCUACUGUACCAACUGCAUUAAUUCCCACUGGGAUAAGGAGGACAGGAAUGCCACCUACAGCUGCCCAAAGUGCAGGAAGUCCUUCACAGCGCGGCCUGACCUGGCAGCAAACACCACGUUAGAAGAGUUGGUGGAGGAGCUGAAGAACAGUGGACUUAAUGUGGGAAUGAACGGUGACGGUCAGACCGAGCUGGGGUCAAGCAGGCAAAAAAUCAAGCAGAGAAUCGAGACCAGACAAAAGGACGUGAAGCUGCUUAAGCUGGAGGUGGAGAAAAUCAAUCUGUCUGCUGAUAAAGCCCUGAAGGAGAGCAGGAGCGUUUUUGAUCAACUCACCCAGCAGAUCAAAAAAAGAAGCUUUGAUGUGAUGUAUCGGAUCAGAUCCCUGCAGAAAGCCGAACAGAAUCGAAUCAAAGAGCUUCAGCAGGAGCUGGAGCAGGAGAUCACUGACCUGAAAAGGAAAGACGCUGAACUGGAGGAGCUCUCACACACAGAGGAUCACAACCAGUUACUGCAUCGCCUUCCUUCAUUCACUCAUCCACCUACAGAGUUACCCAGAACCAAAAUCCUUCCUCUGAGCUUCUUUGAGGAUGUGACAGCAGCUGUGUCCAAGCUCAGAGCUAAAGUACAGGACAUCCUGAGGGACACCUGGGUGGAUGUUUCACCCGUGGUUGAUGUAAACCCACAAACAGAGCCAAAGUCCAGAGCUGACUUCUUAAAAUAUUCAUUCCAAAUCACGCUGGAUCCCAACACCAUAAACACACAGCUGUCAUUAUCAGAGGGGAACAGGAGAGCGACGUUAAUGAGAGAGGAGCAGUCUUAUCCUACUCACCCGGACAGAUUCAUUAGGUGGAGGCAGGUCCUGAGUAACCAGAGCCUGACCGGCCGUCGUUACUGGGAGGUGGAGUGGUGCAGGAAGAGAGUCACAGUGGCGCUGGCAUACAAAGAUAUCAGCAGAGAGGGGUCCAUGAACGAGUGCGCGUUUGGAUUCAACGACAAGUCCUGGGCGCUGGAGUGUAACUGCAGCAGCAGCUACAAAUUCAUACACAACGGCGUGAAAACAGCCGUCUCGGGCCCGUGGACGUCCCGGCUCGGAGUGUACCUGGAUCACAGUGCAGGUGUCCUGGCUUUCUACAGCGUCUCUGAAAGCAUGACUCUCCUCCACAGAGUCCAGACCACAUUCAAUCAGCCGCUCUAUGCUGGACUCUGGUUCAGUGGAUAUCACAGAGCCACUGCAGAGUUCAUUGAGCUCGGAGCAUAAAUGAGACGACCUGCAAGAUUUUUUUUUUUUCUUUUUAUCAUCAUUGUUACAGUUCAAGAAUAAGAAGCGGUAUUCAAGACUUGCAAGUAUCUAGAGACACAGUAUUCUAUGACAACAGUGACUUUUUAUUUCACCUCCUCCUCCACACCAUCAUCAUCAUCACCACCUGACCUCCUUUUAGUCUUUGUUUUGUUUUUUUGGUAGCUGAAGAGUUUAGGAAAUGCUGUUUAGACUUAUUAUGUAAAACAGAGUAAAGUACAAAGUAGAUUUACUCACGGCAGUAAAAUAAUGCCUGAAUCUGCUAUAUUUUUAUAUAUGAUGUUAUUAGAGUCCUGAAACUGAUGCAUCCAAGUGGAAGCAGCAAUUUAAUUUGUGUCUCAGUGGUUUGAUCUGCUUUAUGUAGACUUAGAUUUUCAGUGGGUUUGCAAAGAGAAACAAAUGGAUGAGAGGAAAUUUAAAACAGUUCUGAUGCCAGAUUUUCUUUUCGUGUUUAGUACGGUUCUAUAAUCUCUGUGGAUCAUUUGAUAACUUUAAAUGUCUUUGUUCCAACUUGGAGUUAUUGGAGCUUUUCAUGUUUUUAAUAUGACUUCGUAUGUAAAUUGUUCCAGACCUGCAGCUAAGAUACUCGAGUAUCUUCAAAUUUGAAGCUGAGUAUUACUUCCAUACUUUCCUCCACUGCUGAUGACCUUGUUACCUGCUGCUCCCUGUUAAUGAUCAGCCUCAGUUCUGAUAGUAAACUGUUGGCUCUCGUUCUGUCAGGUUGUUGCUCAGUGACGUCUUGUUUUCAUUUUCAAAUGUCUUCUUUUAACUCUUUGCUUUUGUUUCUGGUUUGUCUCCUUGAAUUUUACAAUUAAACUUUAAAUGCAUCACGUGUGUUUCAUCAUUGGAUGUUUAUAGUUGUGACUCUUUGAUUUGCUGUGUUGCUCUUAAGCAGUAUAUGUUUACAAUAAGUUAGUAUCAUAGUAUACCACACAAUAUGAGUACUUUUGUUUAACUGAAGUUAUCACUAUUAUCAUUCUCACUGUUCAGAUCACGUUUUUCAUGUAAAGAUGGAAAUAAACACUGAGUCAGAGCGUUGCUGCUGGUCAGUCAGUAUAUUAACAGAACAUGGUUCAUAAAACUGCUCCUACAACUGUUUUUGAAUCAUU